AAUUGAGCAUAGAGAGGCACAGAGGGAAAAGAUGUCGAGUCUCUCCAUGGCUUCUCCAACGCCAGUCACGAUUUCUCCAAAGACGCGGCUGUCUCCGAUUCUCAAAUCUUCUUUCUCCGGUAUUAGAAUCUGCCGCACCUGUUCCACUCGCGUGUUUCCCCAGCUGACGCAGUCGGGUCGGGGCCGCUCUGCGUCGUCAGUGGUCAUGAUGGCAAAGAGAGAAGAGGAAAUGAAGGAAAUCAGAGCCAAAACCACCGAAGAGAUAAAUGAAGAGGUGGUGGAUCUUAAAGGCGAACUUUUCAUGCUUCGGCUACAGAAAUCCGUCCGCAACGAGUUCAAGUCCAGCGAAUUUGGCCGAAUGCGCAAAAGGGUUGCUCGCAUGCUUACUGUUAGACGGGAAAGAGAACUUGAGGAGGGCAUCGGUAAGAGGCAGUCAAGGAAGUUUGAUCGACUCUGGAAGAAAAGCAUUGUUGUAAGACCACCUCCAUCAUUGAAGAAGUUGCAAGAGGAAGAGGCAGCUGCAGAAGCCGCAGAAGCUGAGAAAUCCACAUAAGUGACUUUAAAUGAUUUCUCAACCAAUAUUGUUCAAUCAGGAGCUCUUUCUAUCCCUAUAAAAUCUCUGCUUCAGAUCAUUUUUGUGUAUAAUGAUAUAUUGCUGGUAGGUUUAUCUCAUGUUUUAAGAAUUCAGUGCGGAUGGAAUGUAUGAAUGCAUCGUUGGCAAAUGAAAUAAAUUUUGAUUCUUAAUCU